GUGUCCGCAUGCAUCGGCUCACCUUGUGAAAAUGGUGGAAUUUGCCAAGAUGCUGGUGUUGGAAAAAUUAACUGUGUUUGUCCUAUUGGAUUUUAUGGUUCCCUUUGCCAGUUUGAAGAGAACACUUGUGGAGGUCAUUAUACGGAUUCAUCGGGAAAUCUCACCUUCUCGACGGAGACGGAAAGUGUGGCUGAUGACGGUUGCGAUUUUGUCAUUGCUACUGGAGAAGAUAACUCGGCCCUCCAAAUCACAUUUGAAGCUUUCAAAGGCAUGGGCGCUGACUCAUCUGCUCUAGACUGCUCCAAAAUGCCAGCAAACCUAACACUGUACGAUGGCGCUGGCGAUAAUGCUCAAGUUUUUGCCACAUUCUGCGGUGAUGUCGGUAGCGGAAAGGCGCCUGUGAUUGGUGAACCGAUAACGAUGACAACUUCGAAUGCACUGCUUCGUUUCAAAGGAACAAAAGGAUCGUUUUCACUCAAAUGGGCUACAAAGAAGAGAGAAUGUGGUUACCGUACUAACCUGGCCACAGGUACACUUGUUGUACCUCCUCAUCAUAUGGAUACAGCUUGUGACUGGUUCAUAUCUGCACCGAUGGAGAAACACAUCGAAAUUGAAAUUCCCACUGUAGAAAUGACCACAGGACUGCAGUUGAAUUGUUCUGUCAAUGAGUUGGAGGUCUUUGACGGAUACACAUCUUAUGAUGCUCAUAGAAUUGUUCAUAUUUGCGAAACAACUAAUCAAACAACUGUGGUAAGUUCUGAGGGAGACGGCCGACCAUUCCUAACCGUAUCUUUCCGAAGUAAUGUCUUUGGAGGUUCGAAAAGCCCUCUACAUCGUGGAUUCACUAUGAAAUAUAAAACAUUCGAACCUGAUCGACGUUGUGGUGGCGAUAUAACUAACACUGAAAAGGAUUGGGAAUUUGCUGGUUUUAUAGAAAGUCCGAACUACGGCGGAUUUUACCCUCCAAAUAUGGACUGCUCAUGGAGAUUGGAUGGUAUCGGAUCUGAUAAUACUUCCACCACUGACCAGACCCUCAAGGUACAUCUGCCUUUUUUGACUAAAAUUCUAUUCCAGAAUUUCAGCUCGAAUUUCUAA